CCCACCCAGACCCCUUCUACCAUGUAUAACAAGGCUCAUAUUUUGGUGCAAGUGUCAAAAUCUAUUCAUACAUUGUGUAAAAAGUUCUUUCUAUUGGAUACUUGAGUUAGUUUAGUGAAAAAUAUGUCUCCCUGGUUUGUCUGAUGAACACAAUUGAAUUUUGCCAAUGUUAUCAACAUGUACGAGAAUUAAUCGCGACUAAUAACAUUUCGCAGUAGCAUCUUUGCUGGCCGAUUCAUUAUUAUUAUAUGACGGUAUCUGCGCGUGAACAAAAAGGCGCCCGAUUGUUUCGUGAUUUGCUAACACGCGAUGAGAGCUGAGAAUGAUAAGAACCAUUAUAAAGAAGCAAGGAAGGAAUAAUAAAAUGCAAAAAUCACAAUACUAAAACAGUUACUAGCGGAUGACUGCAUUCACGUUUCUGCAAGUAGAUUACUGACGAAGUGAUAAGCGUUAUCAGACGCAGCAUCCUCCAAGUUGGGAGAAGAAAACUACAUCGAGAAAAAUCAUUACGCCGUGAAAUCGGAAAUUGUCGCGCAGAUGAAAUACGUCUGCCGUUUUAACUACAGCCGCAUAAUUUCUUUUAUAACCGAACCCGAUGAAGAGAACGGAAGACGUGUGAAGGUCGUGUGGAAGUAGCAGAAACAGUCAAGUGUGGAAAGUAAUUCGAAACGGAAACAGCUGGUGAUUGCUGUGUAGAUCCUGUGGGCAAACGAACCAGACCCACCAAGUGACGACGACAUGAAGAAAGACAAGUUCCACCUUGUUUAUUACGUACCUAUUCCGUGCACUCUGCUGAUAUUUUGAGUUGUUGAGUUUCAAUUUUCUUACAUAGCUUAUACAGUCGUAUUGACAUAAGAAUUGUGUGUUUAUUUUUGCUGUCGGUGGUAUAUUUUCGGCACGUUUGGUGUGUUAUCAAGAGCAAAGUAUUUCGUUUGUAAUUCCAUUUUCGGAGUGUUGAAUAUUCGCAAUAAAAUUAUCAAAAAAAAAAAUGCGUGUCGUGGCGCUCGUCAGUGGUGGCAAGGACAGCACCUACAACAUGAUGCAGGUGACAGCAGAAGGACACCAGGUGAUUGCACUGGCUAACCUACAUCCGAAAGAUAAAGAUGAAUUGGACAGCUACAUGUACCAAACGGUGGGUCAUCAAGGCAUCGAAAUGUUGGCCCAGGCCAUGGAACUACCUCUGUACCGGAAGAUCACCCGGGGCAAUUCGAUCAACACCAAGGGCAGCUACGAACCAACGGAAGACGAUGAAGUGGAAGAUUUGUACGAACUGCUGCGGCAAGUCAAGGAGGAGCAGAACGUCGAAGCGGUUGCCGUGGGAGCCAUUCUAUCCGAUUACCAGCGAGUACGGGUCGAGAACGUCUGCAAUCGUCUACAACUUAUUUCACUGGCCUACCUGUGGCGGAGAGAUCAAACGGAACUGCUGCAGGAGAUGAUCGAUUGUCAGGUGUAUGCCAUCAUCAUCAAAGUAGCCGCACUCGGACUGAAACCGGAUCGUCAUCUGGGGAAGUCGCUCAAAGAGAUGCAGCCACAUCUGCUCAGUAUGAAGGAAAAAUACGGGUUAAAUGUGUGUGGGGAGGGAGGAGAGUACGAAACAUUCACCCUCGACUGUCCGUUGUUCAAAAGCCGUAUCGUCGUUGACGACGUGCAGACGGUGAUCAGUUCCGCCGAUCCGGUUUGUCCGGUAGGCUAUCUUAACUUUACAAAACUCCGACUAGUGCCAAAAGAGCGAAUCGAACAUAUUGCAAUCAAGAGUUCGCUCGAUUUCAUCUCUGAUCUGAACGAAUGCAGCUACAGCGACCUCAGCGAUCCGGAUCUGAACGAGACGGAACUGGAGCUGAUCGAGAAAGAAAACAACGCCAAAGUGGCGAUGAGAAACUCCUUCAGCAAAGACGAUCUAACCAGAUUGGAGGGUAGCCUCGGAGUUUCGCGUAGUAACAGCAUAACCAAAGAUUUCAAACCCGUCGAAUUAGCGCUUCCCAGAUCACCGAUAAAAGUCAUAACCAAACGGCAAAGUUUUGAUGGCAGUGGAAACGGUGGGGAGCCCGGAACGCUGGCGUAUGAACGGGAAAAGCAACCACUAGCCAAUCAUCCGCGGGCGUUUGUCAACUCGAAAGGCUGGAUGUGGGUAGCAGGGAUUCAGGGCGUUGCCGAAUCCUCUAGUCAAGCGAUGGAGCUGGCGCUCAAAACGCUAGAAGAUCUAAUCACCUCGAAUUCAUUUACGCUUCGUCAAAUUUGCUACAUCACACUGUACGUGCGUGAUAUGAGCGAAUACUCAUCGUUGAACGAUUGUUACGCAAAAGUUUUCGGUUUUACUAAUCCACCGACACGGGUAUGCGUGGAAUGUCCUCUCCCCGAGAACUGCCAUGUUGUGCUGGAAGCAGUCGCAUAUAAUCGAGAAAAAUCAAUUUCCGAACUGCAGCACAAAAGGCAUACGAUGCAUGUGCAAGGCAUCUCCCAUUGGGCUCCGGCCAACAUCGGAACCUACAGUCAAUCAACCAAGGUCGGUCAUAUUACCUACAUUUCCGGUCAGAUUGCUUUGGUUCCGGGCAGCAUGACCAUCGUCGAAGGCGGCAUCAAGCAGCAGUGCAAGCUAACUCUCCGGCACAUCAGUCGGAUAGCAAAGGCAAUGCAAGCUCACGGGCAGCUUCGGGACGUGGUGCAGGGAAUAUGCUUCGUGGUGAACCCCAACUUCAUUUCCGAAGCUCGCCGGCAGUGGGAAAAACAAACGGCGAAUGCCAUAAUUGAUUACAUCGUUGUUCCGACCUUACCGAAAGGUGCCCUGGUCGAAUGGCAGGUUUGGGCCCACACGCACAACGACAAGUUCGAUUAUGAAGAAACGGGAUGUUCAAUUGGUGAAUACACAAUUUCGAUUCGGAGACGAUGGAAUUAUGAAAACAAUUGCGCUGCUGUUGUGUGCUAUGUCUCGACUGCUCUAGCAUCGUCCACCACUAAACUAUCCGAACUGAGUGAAGACUUCCUACAACGUCACAAUCAUGCGGCCCAGGCCAUAAAUCGGGAGCAAAUCCACGACACGAUAGCAUACGUGCUACGGAAGCUUCUCCAGGACUAUCCGCUCGGCAAUAGUCCCUCGAACGAGUCGUGCUCGUCAUCCUCGGAUGAUAACACCCAGGACCAAAAUGUGCACAAUCACCAUCAUCCUCAUCAUCAUCAUCAUCAUUUUCCAGCGCAUACGCGUCAACCGAUAGCGGAAAGUUCCAAACCAACGGUUCAUCUUCGCGUCUUCUAUCAAGUAGGGGCGAUAGAUUCCGUUCAAUCACUGGUGGAAGCAAUCGAAAGUUUCCUCAGCACACCGUCCAACAUGGCUCGCAUCGCGUACACCGUCGUUCCGGCCUGUCAUUUGCAGAAUUUUAGCACCUUUAUCUCAAUUUGCGCUUUACGGCACCAUGAGUAGAAUAUUAUUAACGGAAAUUGUUUGAUUCACUUUUUUUUACAUACAAAAACAUGUUACACAUUAUAUUUGAAAGCCCUUGUUUCGGACUAAAUCCAAGUCCACAGCUUGAAAAGAAGGAGGUCGUACCAAUUUUAUCAACUGCUACGAAAACUGCAAAAAGUUCUACUUGGAAAAACCACUUUACUACAACGUAAGCAAACGAGAGGAAUGUUUUAUGGUUGCUACUCUUAUUGAAAGAUCCUAAAUAAUAUAUUGAAUGUUGCUAGAUAUAAGAAAAGUACGUACCAAAUCUAAGAAAGACAAUUCUAAAAUUGCGCUAA